AUGUCGCUCGCCUGGUUCCGCUGCAGAGCGAGGCUGCUCGCCUUAGUAGCAGUCUUUCUUUUCGGGACAUUCUUCUGCCUCACACAAUACGCAGACAUGGGCUCGUUACGUCAGGGUUCUCUUUUGGCCCUUCUCUCAUCAACACCGACUCUCAUAGGCUCUGACCCGAAAUUAAAAUGGUAUCCUCCUAGUGAGAAUAAAGUCAAUUCUCUGAAGGGUGCGAUUGAUGGGGAGGGUACUUAUGGGUUUAUUUUUGACUCGUCGGUUACACCUGAUGAGAAGUAUGGCACGUAUAAUUGGUGUAACAUGCCGCAUGCGAGGAAGAGGGAGUAUAAGAAGCCUGAGAAGGAAUAUGAGCUUCAAUAUGUCGAAGUGAUCCAACGACAUCACAAGCGCACUCCCUACGCAGCCAACGCAUUUCCAGUGGAAUCAUAUCAAUGGAACUGCGAUAACCAGGGUCUAUACUACUUUGGCAGGCAAUUCACCGAUGAACCUAAACCCAACGCUCAAGGGUACUGGAAAGGCUUUAUAUCCGACAUCAACCCCUUCAUCCCAUCCGGAUGGAUCGGAUCAUGUCAAUUUCCCCAGAUUACAGCUGAAGGUCUCGACGAUUCAUGGGUACACGGCAAAGAUCUUUACGAAGUCUACCACGAUCUUCUAAAGUUUAUCCCUGGCCGCAAUGAGGACUGGCGAAGCAAGGUCAAGUUCAGAGUCACCAACAAUCAGAUCACGAGCCAAGUCGCGGGCAUGUUCAUCAACGGCAUGUAUCAGGCGACUGAUUCAGUUCCGCUGCAUAUCCAACAAGCGGGUGUGGAUAGCCUUGAACCGCAGUACAAGUGCAGUGUUGGAAGCAAGUUGAGCAGUGCUAUCAAGUCGUCUUCCAACGCGGAAUGGAAGAAGCAUCUUGACAAGACAAAGAGUCUGUACAAGGUUCUAGAUGAUAUCUCUGGUGUCCCGGCGGAUGAUGAGGGUUUUCAUGAGAGCUUUGAUCACUACUACGAUAAUUUGUCUGCUCGACAAUGUCACGCCAAACCCUUCCCUUGCAAGCUUGUUGAUGGAAAGAACUCAACUAAGCUUGGUCAAUGGGAAUAUUCCCAGAUUUAUCGCGAUGCACCUGCUUCGUUGGCUGCGUCGGCUACAUCAUGGGGCGUAUGGAUCGCCGAGCUAGCCAGCCAUUUUAGGCAAGUCAUGUCUGGCAAGCAAGAUAUCCUGUAUCUUCACAACUUUGCACACGAUGGUUCAGUCAGUCGUCUUUUGAGUAUUCUUCAGAUUGACGUCAUGGUUUGGCCUGGUAUGGGAAGCGAGGUUGUGUUUGAGCUCUACAAGAAGGGCGGCAAAUAUUUUGUGAGGGUUUUGUUCAGUGGAAAGACGUUGAAGUCAUCGCAUCCAGACUUGGGGGUCAUGGAAAUGGUGCCUGUGGAGAGGCUGUUGGAUUAUUUUGAUGGAUUGGCUGCUGCAUGGAAGACAUUGUUUGUGUACGCAUUUGAGUCUUGUUUGUCAUGCUGGUUAGCAUCACAUUUUGUUUUACUUGCCCUUCUGCAAGGGGGCGCCCAAUCAAGGCAUCAGCGCCGCACCACCACCCACCAGCCUCCAACGGGCGCCUACCGACGCACUGUAACCACCCAAAACAAAAAUGCGUCAUCAUUCCAGAGGCUACUAUUCCACCUCUUCCACCACCAGCUCACGCCCGAGAUCCAGUUACGGCGCCAGCCCGGGAGAUACGGCCUCAAGCUACAGUUCAAACUCGAGCUAUUGCCCGCCAUGCGAGCGCAUGUCGCCAACUCGUACAAGCAUCAUGUCUGUACGCACUGCGACCAUGGGCCAGACUAUGAGACUGCAGAUGACUUGAAUCACCACCUUGAGGAAGAUCACAAUGCUUGUCUCGAGUGCAACGAGAUGUUUUACGACGAGGAAGAUUUAAUUCAGCAUGAUGUAGACGUCCACAAUCGAUGUCCCACAUGUCAACGAUUCUUUGAUUCCCCAUCCAAUCUCAUGAAUCACGAAAAAGUCCACAUGGAGAAAAACAUGAAAUGUCUGGCAUGUCCACGAAUGUUCAUCUCUAAUUCAGCAAUGAUGCUUCAUCUCGAGCACGGCACAUGCGAAUCAGGCGCCAACCUCCGCGUUAUCCAGAACGUGGUGGCAGAUUGGUAUGAGGAGUACGGACCAGCCGGACAUGACCACGAAGACGAUUUUCGAUGCGAAAACUGCGGUUCUUAUUUCAAUCGUCUGAGUGCAUUGCUUCAGCAUGCUGAGAGUGAGACCUGUGAUGCUGCUGUGUGGGAUUUCUAUCGGAUUUUCGUUCACAUUGAGUAUAACCAGGACGCGUUUCAGCUUUUUGAUUAUUGA